AUGCAAAAUUCCCUCCUCGUUCUCUGCGCCUCACUUUUCUCCGUGUCUCUUGCCGGCCGGGAAUGCGUGUGGGUGCUUGGAAAAGUUGAAUGUCAAAAGGACGCGACGAAAGUUUUGAACGUCGAAAUCCGCGUCUGGGAUCGUGACGGGCCCGGGCCACUGCAACUCAUCGAUCCGGACGAUCUCAUGGGGUUAGCUUCGAGAAUGCACAGCUGCUGAUAUAAAAUUUGAAUUUUUAGAGUGACAUUCUCAAACGACGACGGACGGUUCCAGUUGGACGGCUGCGGAGACGAUUUCGAUUGGAUUCCGGGGGUCAAAAACGUUCCGGAGCCGUACAUCGAAGUUAGUUUCACGAAUACGUUUUCCAAAAAAUGAAAUUUUAAAAGGUUCGGUGCUACAUUUGCCAAUUUAGGGGCUGCUUGACUCAUUUUUAAGUAUGGCUCUUGAAAUUCUCUGUUUUUUUUGCUUGAAAUUUUGAAGAAUUCAAACCUGGGAAAACAUUAAGAAGACAUAGAAAAGUCAACGUACAUCUUGCAGGUGCGUCACUACUGUAACGACGAGAAAGGCGAGAUGUUCCAACUUCCGGAGUUCAGCACGUUUGUCCCGAACACCUAUGAUAUCGGAACGAUAAUUCUGGACAAGGAGACACGUGGCACGAAGACGACCACGAAAACCGACCCGACGCAGUGA